CGGGGAUGCGGCCGGAGUCCCGCCGCUCGCGGCGCCGGAGCCGGGACCAGGCCCGGGCCCGGGCCCGAGAGAACCGGCGUGGACUCCGAGCCCGAGCGCUUAGCCCCGAGCCGAGCCGCAGCAACAAGUGGCGGGGCGACCCCGCGGCGGGGGCGGAGGGUCUGGGCGCGGCCACGGGCGGGUCUUCCCGCCGCCCCUCCUGGCCCGGCCCCGAAAGGGGUCCCCUGCCCGGAGCCCCUGCCCGAGGCCCGGGGGUCUCUGUGGCUGAGUUCUGGGGUCUCCUCGGGGUGCCGCCCGGCCCGCUCGAUACCGGCCCCGGCCAGAGCUCCCGCCCGCCUGCCUUGGCCCUGCUGACCCCGCGCCCGCCCGGCCCGGCCUCAGGGCCACUGCACACCGCCUGACUCCCGUGCAAGCCCAGAGCUCCAGCGCUGCGGCAUGGCGCGCGGCUGCCUCCAGGCCGUCAAGUACCUCAUGUUCGCCUUCAACCUGCUCUUCUGGCUGGGAGGAUGCGGCAUCCUGGGGGUGGGCAUCUGGCUGGCCGCCACGCAGGGGAACUUCGCCACCCUGUCCUCCUCCUUCCCGUCCCUGUCGGCCGCCAACCUGCUCAUCGUCACCGGCACCUUCAUCAUGGCCAUCGGCUUCGUGGGCUGCAUCGGGGCCAUCAAGGAGAACAAGUGCCUCCUGCUCACCUUCUUCGUGUUGCUGCUGCUGGUGUUCCUGCUGGAGGUCACCGUCACCGUCCUCUUCUUCGCCUACACCGACAAGAUCGACAGGUACGCGCAGGGCGACCUGAAGAAGGGCCUGCACCUGUACGGCACCCCGGGCAACGUGGGGCUCACCAACGCCUGGAGCAUCAUCCAGACCGACUUCCGCUGCUGCGGCGUCUCCAACUACACGGACUGGUUCGAGGUCUACAACGCCACGCGCGUGCCCGACUCCUGCUGCCUGGAGUUCAGUGAGAGCUGCGGGCUGCAUGCACCUGGCACCUGGUGGAAGGCGCCCUGCUACGAGACGGUGAAGAUGUGGCUCCAGGAGAACCUGCUGGCCGUGGGCGUCUUCGGGCUGUGCACGGCGCUGGUGCAGAUCUUGGGCCUGACCUUCGCGAUGACCAUGUACUGCCAGGUGGUGAAGGCCGACACCUACUGCGCAUAGGCUGCCCUGCCUGCCACCCUGCUUCGCUGCCAAAGGAUGCCACCCACCGGGGAGAGGACCUCGUCCCCUGUGGGCCUCUGAGCACGUGCCCGAGGGGCAGCCGGCGCCUUCGGCGUCCACACCCACGUGUUCCCCAGAGCAGCUCUCCCUGGGACCCUUCACCGGGCUGGGGUGGGGUGAGGGCCUCCUGCUGGCCCUGGUGCUUGGGGCGGAGCCCCGUCAUCACAUUCCAUGUGGGGCCGGGCAGGCCCCCCCCCCCCCCGUGCCUCUAAUAAAGUGCGUGGGCAGCAGCCCCCUUUGUCACUGCCCUGACUCCCCGGGGGCCCCCCACCACCGUGGGGCUGGUGCCUGGAGUGGGCUCUGCGACACACGGGCUCAGGCGAGCUGCCAGCCAGCAGGUGGGGCUGGUGCCUGAGGACGAGCCCCCACACCUCCCCUAGAUGAGCCCAGCCAGUGGUGCAGAGGCCCCGGGAACCACCAGGAGCCCCGACCUGUCCAUGUGUCUGUCCCCCUGCAUCUCUGUCCCCUCCCUUCCUCCCCCCCCCCCCCGGGUGUCCUCAGCAAGGGGAGUGCGGUUCCUUGCUGCCUGUUAGGGGUUCCUGCUUUGUCCUGGGAACGUGGCCCCGAAGUGUCUGUACGACUUUGCAAAUAAAGGGGCCGUGGGAGCGAGCAGCUGCCAGGCCCAGCACCA